CACCGACAAAGCUAGCACAGAAAUCUGUUGCUUCUACACCACCUACAUCGCGAAAUUCGCACUCAAAUCCAAUGAAACCACGUCGGAUAUUGGCAUUCGAGGACAAUGCAGUUGCAGGCCCAUCUGGCGUUAAUAGGGCAAAGAAAUCUAAAGAAGAGAAAACACUAACAGUUAGUACUAAGGGCAAAUUUACAAAGCAGGUGGAAAAGAAACGCAAGUACAAAAACAAAAUUAAAGAAUGUUUUUACGAUUCUGAUGACUAUUCUAACUCCGGGAUGGAGAAAAAAAAUAAACUCACAAAAUGGGAGGAUACAAAAAUUGACGAUAAUAAUGGGAAAAUAGUGAAGACUAAUAUGUUUCAUAUCCAUUACGGGGUUUCUGUACCGUACAAAAACUGGAAGAGAGCUAUAAAUGCUACAACUUCAUACAAAUUUUUACGUGAAUUAGUAGUACCUCACAUUUGGAAUUUGCGUGAAUUCGUACAAAGGGCUGUACAGAUAGAUAGGACCAACAGUCAAGAAGAAAGGGUGGAGUUAACUCCAAGAAAACGAGAAGCCUUAAAACGAGGCUACGUCCAGUAUUUACUUGAAAGAAAUUUUAUACCAUACGAUGUUUCAACGGAACGUGAUGCUAAAUCAAGAAAAGAACGAAUAAAUAAAUUUGGAAGAGAAUUGGGAGUCAUAAUUUGUCAAGAAAGAUCGAAACUGUUGAACAGGCACGAUGAAGAAGCUGAUGAUUCAUCACAUUCACCACGGGAAUCAGAUGAUACUGAUUCUUAAACCUUAUGUUUACACUUUUGAAUAUUAAGUGUUUACUAUAUUAUGCAUUCAAGAUGUUCAUUUAUUUUUAGAUAUUUUUAAAGUUUAUUUUGCGAAUAACGCAUAACUGCGUAGCUCUUAAUACGUUUCAUUUAUUUUUAAAACAUGUUUGUGAUACGUUAGAAUUAUCACUUUUCCAAAGAUAUGGAUUACAAUGAUCGUUCAGUUUUCGUACAUUGUUUAAGAAACAUUUACAGUUUUUUCUUCGAAUAAUGUUUAACUGCGUAACUAUUAAUACGUUUCAUUUAUUUUUUAAACAUUUUUGUGAUACGUUAGAAUCAUCACUCUUCCAAAGAUAUGGAUUAUAAUGAUCCUUUAUUUUUCGUACAUUGUUUAAGAUACAUUUAAAGUUUAUUCUGCGAAUAAUGUUUAACUGCGUAGCUAUUAAUACGUUUCAUUUAUUUUUUAAACAUUCCCUGCUAAAGAAAGGUGAUAAAAGUUGAUAGAAAUCAAUCAAAAUUCCUAUCGAUUUUGAGUCCAACUUUUAAUACCAUUUUGUGCAUUAAAACUGUAUAAAACGCGAUAAAAUCAAUUUAAGUCGAUAAAAUUCGAUAUGAAAAUGUUCAAUCGAAAUAGAUAAGAGUUUGAUAAAAUAAAUUCUGUAGCUUUUAAUAGUGAUUCGUCGUAUAGAAUUUUAUCGAAUUAAAUUGAUUUUAUCGCGUUUUAUAAAGUUCUAAUGCACAAAAUGGUAUUAAAAGUUGGACUUGAAAUCGAUAAGAAUUUUUAUUGAUUUCUAUAAACUUCUAACACCUUUUUUUAGCAUGGUUUUUGUGAUACGUUAGAAUGAUCACUCUUUCAAAGAUAUGGAUUAAAAUAAUUAUUUAUUUUUCGUAAAUUGUUUUAGAUAGAUUCACAGUUUAUUCUGCGAAUAAUGUUUGAUUGCGAAGAAAUUAAUACGUUUCAUUUAUUUUUUA